AUGACAAUGAAGAGCUUCCACCUCCACAGCCACCACGAUGUGAUGCAGCCAACGAUUUUUUCGUUGACGUCUGUCCUCAUGGUCCCAGCAGCAGUGAAAAGAUCGCCAACGACAAACGAUUCCAGCGCACUGAAGAAAUCAAUGUGGACCUCAAUUCCGAUAAUGCUACUAUGGUUGAUAUUCACGAUGCAGCCUCUGAGAGGGAUAAGGUUUCCUUUCGUAAUGAUCCUAGCAGCACUACUCCAUAGUCACUGGAUAGCGAUCGUUGGUGUUCUUUUUCCUAGACAGAUUGCGCAACUGUUCGAAUUCACUAACCUUCCGUAA